CACACGCGCUCGCUUACCUUGCCAAUACCUUGAAACCAAAAUAAAUAGCCUCACCCCCAGAAAACCCGCAACCAAAAUGUCCACCUCCACCGCAACCACCACCACAACAGCCACCACCGGCUCCGCCGCGGCCGCCACCUGCACGGGCAACCUCUACGUCCUCCCCGUCCAAGACGCAGCCUGCGCCCUCCCCAACUCCGGUAAUUUCUCCUCCGUUAUGGACAAAUGCUGCUCCCCCGCGACCGUCACCAAAUACGACAACGACUGCGGCCUGUACUGCCUGGCGCAGGACCAGACCGUCAAGACCCUUCUGAGCUGUCUCCAGGACAACGGCGCCGUGACCGAGGCCUUCUGCAGCGGGAACCUCACAGCCAGCGCGACAGCCAAGGUCUCGUCCACUGAGACCGGCAAAGCAGGGAAGACAGGCUCCAGCACGGGCAGUGCGGCGAGUAGCACGAGUACCUCCGAUAAGAGUGCGGCGGUGGUCGGGCACAAGGUUUCGAUGGGCGGGUGGGUCGUGCUGGGGAUGGUGGUGUCUUCGUGCUUGUUUGGGGUUAUGGGUUAGCUUUCUAUGGUGAUGCAGAUGGGAUUAUGGGGGUGUGGGUCAGUCUGUGGUGGUUCAUUGGGGAUAAUAUCUGCCAUGGGGUGGGGAGGUGGCUAUCUGGG